GUUACAAGGGUUACAACGGUUAAAAUGACAUUUUCACUCGAUGAUCAGAAAGAUCAGUGAGCAAAACAACAAACAUUUUAAACUCAAAGACUUACAAAAUGUGUUCUGAAAAGCAACGUGAACUGUACACUCAGUUCGAACCUGAUGCCAACGAAAUUUUGUUCGGUCAACGAACAUCACCCAAUCGACCAUUGACAGACCAAGAAUUAUCGAAGAGAAGAAAAAUCGUUUUGAAGUUAGUCGACCAGAAAUUGAAGUUCGAAUUAAUCGAAUUGUUGAGAAAACAACAAGAGCAGACAUAUGAAAUCCAUAACAAUUCAACAUCAUCGAUUGCUAGCGAUCCAGAUGGUUGGGCCGCACCAGCAAUUUAUUAUGGUUGUCAAGACGUCGAUCAACAAACUGAAUUCGAAAAUGCGUGGAAUUCCGACGGAAGUUAUCAAAUUCCGGAGCAGAACCAAAAUCCAACUGGAGUAUCAACUUUUUAUUGUGAACAACAGCCACACAUCAAUCGGGGACAAUUGAAUUCCAAUUUAAUUGAGCUCUCCCCAAAAAUCCCCUCAACUUACCGCAGUCAAUUCAAUUCCAAUUUGAUUGAAAUACCCGUUCAGAAAUUUCAAAAGACUGAAACAAAGAUCAGCUCGACAACAUCCAUUGCAAAUAUUAGGGGAAUCAACGUUCCGGCAAAAGAUUCGUCUGAAGUAAUAUCUGAGGCAGAGGCAAAGGCUAGCUCGUUGCCAUCUGGUGCAUAUGCUCUACCAUCAACUCGAAAACUCAAAGAUCAAAAAACUUCGCUACCAACAGAUAAUUCAAAGAAUACAAGAAGACCGCAGGAACGCAAAACCCCAUCUGCCACACUACCAACACCAACGAUAGAAAAACCAACAGUGAUUUUUGGAGGAGAGUUGGUCGGAAAUAAAUCGACGAAAUUUUUUGAUAAGCCAAAGACGUUACUCUUACAUAAUACACUAAAACGUAAACAAGGAGAUGGCUCGACCGAUUUCCCAACGCGAAUGUUGGUAAUGAAUGAAGCCAGUGCAAAAAAUACGAUCCACAGAUCCAGUAAUCACUCUGGUGCUGGAAAUAUUGACAGUGCUGCCAAAACACCAUCGAAUACCGUCGAAACUGAUAACACGAUCGAUCUUACAAUUGACUAUGACAUUGGCGAAAGCUUCAUCGCUGAGACCAACAUUCGAAGUGAAUCAGCGGAAUGGAUUGCUAUGGAUCAACUGGUAGCGGACCUAUUCCAAAACAAAUCAAACAAUUGGAAAGCGCUCUCAGCCAGUGACUUUGAACUUAAAAAUGAAAUUCUCAUACAGACGGCGAUUAAUCCGGAUGUCCUUCGAUCUCACCCGAAAGCGCAAACAGUAAGACAAAGAGUCGGCGAUAGAAAGUUCGAAGAACUGAUCAAACAGAGCAGCAUCAUUUUAUCCAAUCUAAGUCGAACUGAUCCGGAAAAUCAGGCUUCCUUUUCGAAAUCUCAAAAGCUGCUGGUCAAAAAUUUGAAAAAAGGGAUUGCUAACCCGGAGACUGUCAGCGAAACUAAAACAUUUCGUGGGCCACACACCAAAAUCGCAAAUCUCAUUUCUCCGUUUCUGUGUCCUGGAGACAAUAUUCACGAUUUGACCUUGGAACUGGUCAAGAACCCAUAUGCGUUGUUGAGUAAUACGGGUGUCAAAAAUCGAAUUGUUGGCAAGGGUCAAUUGGUCAGCAACAUUAUGAGGAACAUCAAAAUUGCAUUGGAACAGUUCAUUCCGGUCAGAUUGCCGAAGAAAUUCAGUGUACCGUCGGACCGAUUCAUUGAUGUUCCAUUCGUUGUUAAGUUGUUCAAUCGGUACACAAAAAUGACUUCGAAAUCAGCAACCGAUUUGACCAAAGUUCUGAUUGAAUCGAUAAAUUGCAUGAAAAUUCAAAAACCUGCGCUCCGAGAUAUAAAAUUCAAAGACGGCGCACUGGAAAUCCUAUGCAUCAACACUAUGUCGUUCGAUUGGCUGAAAAACACGCUGUCUCAUCAUCUUGGCGUCGAAAUUCGCCCCGUCAACAAUGCCAUCGGUUACGAUCAACUGAAAACCAUUUGCCUUAAGUUUCACGUUCCACAGUAUUUUCAUUUCAAUAAUUUGAUGGAACAACUGAGAGUGAACAAUCCACGGCUGCUGACAAGACGCUGGGAGCUACGGUCUCCGCGAUCGAACAAAGUGGUUGAUUCCACCAAAUGCGUGUACGUCGGUGUUGACGUAGAUUCUUUAAUUAUUUUGGAAGAAAUGAAUCGCGUUGGUACCUUGCGAGAUUCGUCAGUUUACUUUGAAAUCAGCUAUGAAGACAGCGAAGAGAAUUUUAAGAAAAUGACUUUUGAGAAGAAGAAAAAACAACCGAAACACAUCUCGAAAAUAAAGUAAUGAUUGACUAACACU